AUGUUGACACGACAGCUCUCAAAUAGUCGGAAGAAAACUGACCCGACGGAACUUGGAAGAAGGAGGUCCGGCGACGGAGGUGAAAAAGACUCGGGAUCAAUUAUGCCUCAGAAUGGUUUAAGUUGGUGUGGAAGGGGUUUUGAUGAAGAAACAAUGGCUAGUACACCAAACAGUGGUCAAAGGUUCUUUGAAAGCGACAGGGCUGUUGAGAUGAUGACAUUUCCACCCAUGUCUCGGGUGAGCAAACAUGGAGAAUCAAAUAAUCGAUUAAUUUCCUCUUGUUCGUCUCAUCGAAGUAAUGCGGUGAAAAAUGGGGUAGAUGAAAAUACAGAACGUCUGUCGCAUUUUCCCGCACGCAGAGCAAGUUUCCAAGCUUCCAUUCAAGGUUUAUCUCUGUUGAAAAUGCCCGAUCUUGAGAUCACUCGUAAUAGAAGUUUUUCAGACAGCCAGGCAGAGGAUACAACGAGAAUGACAGACGAGCAAAGGAGUAAACUAGAACGUUUGAAGCUACAAAUAUUUGAAGAUAACACCAAGAGAAAGUGGGGCCGAAAAUUAAGUGGAAACAAAGCAACUGAUAGCACGCACACUGAUGUUACCGAGGAAACUAAACUUCCUGUUUUGAUCGGGGAGUCAAUGGAGCGUCACCUGAGAUGUCACGAGACACCAAUUAUGGCUCCGAAACCUUUAUCAAUGUUUGCUUCUCGCUCAGAUUUGGAACCAACCGACAGAGGAACAACAUUGCAAAAUCAAAAUUUCGGUAGGGAUGCUGUUUUUAAACUGGCCAGACAUGACAGUGCAUCCGACAAAUUUGACGCUCCGUUGGAUAUGGACCCAUUGACAUCUACAUAUUAUGAAAACCACCAAGUUUCUAAGCAGAACUCUAAUGGACAUGAUUUUGAACUCUCGCCUCCAUCAGUCGCUGAAGAAGGUGACUUCGAGUCCAUCACUGUUGUUAUGGGACGGUUACGAACGCGAUCUGAACCUGGCGACUUAGCGUCCCGAAAAGUGUCGAUGGUGCAUCAGCUUCAAACUCGUACCAGGUCGGAAAAUAACGAAUUAAAAACAAAAGUCCAGUCGUUUGUUAAGAAACCACUGCCAGCUUUACCACCCUCAACACUGCGCGUGAAGAAACAAAUUAUAAGCGAAGUCACUGGCCAUUCAAUUUCGGGAACACAUGCUAACACUACCUCGUUGCCCCGUGAAAGAAGAGAAGGCACAGUCAAUAUUCACACCUGUCCCAAUUUGAACGUGUUUUCUGAUCGUUCUUGGAUGUACCAGGAUGUUUCUCGCAAUAGGCAUAGAUACAUUAGAGGGCCAGCCACACCCGUCCCACCCGUGGAUUUCGUAUUUCGCAAGGACAAAUCUUGA